ACGCGGGGUGGAGAGGGGGCUGCGCGGGAGCCGGCGUUCUGCGGCUGUGGCCCCGGGCUGAAUCUCCUCCCCAGCGCACCGCGGACCUUGCUGCACCGGGUCCGCAGAGCCGGGGCUCGCUUGUCAGAGCCGUGUGGUCCCCAGGAACCUCUCGCAGAUGCGCAUCUUCGCGCCUCCUCUCCCUGGCUUGUAGAGUCGCUCUUCCCUCCCCUGACCGGGUGACCUUUGGGCUCCGGGAUGGAUCCCAGGAAGAAGUUGGCGUUUGUGGGGACUGUGCCUGAGCAGGAGAGGCAGGUCGCGGCUAAAGAGGCCAGUCAGAAAAUCUUACCUAAACUUGCCAUGCCUGCAUGUCCCUGGGAUCAAGCAAUGAAACAGAGCUUCGCCUUUGACAAUGUCGGCUAUGAAGGGGGUCUGGACAACACCUGCUCACCCCCAGCCACCACCAGCAUGGUUAGCAUCCUGGGCAUGACUUGUCACUCUUGUGUCAAGUCCAUUGAGGACAGGAUCUCUAGUCUGAAAGGCAUUGUGAACAUUAAGGUUUCUCUGGAACAAGGCAGUGCCACUGUCAAAUAUGUGCCAUCGGUUAUGAACCUACAGCAGAUUUGCCUUCAGAUUGAGGAUAUGGGCUUUGAGGCCAGCUCUGUGGAAGGAAAGGCGGCCUCCUGGCCAUCCAGGUCCUCCCCAGCCCAGGAUGCUGUGGUUAAGCUCCGGGUAGAGGGCAUGACCUGUCAGUCCUGCGUCAGCUCCAUUGAAGGCAAGAUCCGGAAACUACAAGGGGUUGUGAGAGUCAAAGUCUCCCUCAGCAACCAAGAGGCAGUCAUCACCUACCAGCCUUACCUCAUUCAACCUGAGGACCUCAGGGACCACAUCUGUGACAUGGGAUUUGAAGCUGCCCUCAAGAACAGAACAACCCCCUUAAGGCUGGGACCAAUUGAUAUAGACAAAUUGGAAAGCACUAACCUCAAGAGACCAGAAGUUUCUCCUAACCAGAACUCCCGUAACUCUGAGACCCUGGGGCACCAAGGGAGCCACAUGGCCACCCUCCAACUGAGAAUAGAUGGAAUGCACUGUAAAUCAUGCGUUUUGAAUAUUGAGGGAAAUAUAGGCCAACUCCCAGGGGUUCAAAAUAUUCAAGUGUCCUUGGAGAGCAAAACUGCCCAAAUACAGUAUGACCCUUCUUGUACCACCCCCUUGUCCCUACAGACGGCCAUUGAGGCACUGCCACCCGGGCGUUUUAAAGUUUCUCUUCCCGAUGGAGUAGAGGGCAAUGAGCCCCAGAGUGGGUCUUCCAGUUUUCCCUCCCCUGGCUCCUCCCGGCAGUACCAGGAGCAGGACCCGUGUAGUACUGCAGAGCUCACCAUCACUGGCAUUACUGACACAUCGUCUCUUGAGCCUAUGGAAGGCAUGCUGUCCCAGCGGAAAGGUGUGCUGCGAAUAUCCAUCUCAGUGGCCGAAGGAACUGGAACAGUUCUUUACGAUCCCUCAGUAGUUAGCUCAGAUGAGCUCCGAGUGGCUGUAGAAGACAUGGGAUUUGAGGUGGCAAUGGAUUCUGAAAACUUUCCUAUCAACCAUGUCAGAAACUUCGGCUCUGGGAAUUCUGUGCCACAUACCAUGGGUGGCAGACCAGUGUCUGUGCAGACCAUGACUUCCAACAACACUAGAGGGGUCCCCACAAACUGUGAUCCUGGCCACUCGUCACAUACCUCACUAUUGCCAGGAAUAGCAGCCCCACAGAAGUGCUUUCUACAGAUCAGAGGCAUGACCUGUGCAUCCUGUGUGUCUAACAUAGAAAGGAGUCUUCAGAGGCAUGCUGGUAUUCUCUCUGUGUUGGUUGCCUUGAUGUCGGGAAAGGCAGAGGUCAAGUAUAAUCCAGAGGCCAUCCAGCCAUCCAGAAUAGCUCAGCUCAUCCAGGACCUGGGCUUUGAAGCAACAGUCAUGGAGGACAACACAGUCUCUGAAGGUGACAUCGAACUGAUUAUCCUAGGGAUGACCUGUGCUUCCUGUGUUCACAACAUUGAGUCCAAGCUCACGAAAACAAAUGGCAUCACGUAUGCCUCUGUGGCCCUUGCUACCAGCAAAGCCCAUGUGAAGUUUGAUCCUGAAAUCAUUGGCCCUCGGGAUAUCAUCAAGAUUAUCGAGGAAAUCGGCUUUCAUGCUUCCCUGGCCCAGAGAAAUCCUAGCGCUCAUCACUUGGACCACAAGAUGGAAAUAAAACAAUGGAAAAAAUCUUUCCUGUGUAGCCUGGUGUUUGGCAUCCCUGUCAUGGGCUUGAUGAUCUACAUGUUAAUCCCCAGCAAUAAGCCCCAUGAGCCGAUGGUCCUGGACCACAACAUCAUUCCAGGACUGUCAGUUCUAAAUCUCAUCUUCUUCAUCUUGUGUACCUUUGUGCAAUUCCUUGGUGGGUGGUACUUCUAUGUUCAAGCCUACAAAUCUUUGAGACACAAGUCAGCCAACAUGGACGUGCUCAUCGUACUGGCCACAACCAUUGCCUAUGCCUACUCCCUGGUCAUCCUGGUGGUUGCAGUCGCUGAGAAGGCUGAGAAGAGCCCUGUGACAUUCUUUGAUACACCCCCAAUGCUCUUUGUGUUCAUCGCCCUUGGGCGGUGGCUGGAGCACGUGGCAAAGAGCAAAACUUCAGAAGCCCUUGCAAAACUCAUGUCACUCCAAGCCACAGAAGCCACAGUUGUGACCCUUGGUGAGGACAACUUAAUCCUCAGAGAGGAGCAAGUGCCCAUGGAGCUGGUGCAGCGAGGUGAUAUUAUCAAGGUUGUCCCUGGGGGCAAGUUCCCAGUGGAUGGGAAAGUCUUGGAAGGCAAUACCAUGGCAGAUGAGUCCCUCAUCACAGGAGAGGCCAUGCCUGUCACUAAGAAACCUGGGAGCAUAGUGAUUGCUGGCUCUAUAAAUGCUCAUGGCUCUGUGCUCAUUAAAGCUACCCAUGUGGGCAAUGACACUACUUUGGCUCAGAUUGUGAAAUUGGUGGAAGAGGCCCAGAUGUCAAAGGCGCCCAUUCAGCAGCUGGCUGACCGGUUUAGUGGAUAUUUUGUCCCAUUUAUCAUCAUCAUUUCAACCUUAACAUUGGUGGUAUGGAUUGUCAUCGGUUUUGUCGAUUUUGGUGUUGUUCAGAAAUACUUCCCUAACCCUAGCAAGCAUAUCUCGCAGACAGAGGUGAUCAUCCGUUUUGCCUUCCAGACGUCUAUCACUGUGCUGUGCAUUGCCUGCCCCUGCUCCUUGGGGCUGGCCACACCCACAGCAGUCAUGGUGGGCACUGGGGUGGCUGCCCAGAAUGGUGUCCUAAUCAAAGGAGGCAAGCCUCUGGAGAUGGCACACAAGAUAAAGACUGUUAUGUUUGACAAAACUGGCACCAUUACCCACGGGGUCCCCAGAGUCAUGCGGUUCCUGUUGCUUGUGGACAUGGUUACACUGUCUCUCAGGAAGGUUCUGGCUGUGGUGGGCACUGCAGAGGCCAGCAGCGAGCACCCCUUAGGCGUGGCAGUCACUAAAUACUGCAAAGAGGAACUUGGAACAGAGACCCUUGGAUACUGCACAGACUUCCAGGCUGUGCCAGGCUGUGGAAUUAGCUGUAAAGUUAGCAAUGUGGAAAGCAUCUUGGUUCACAGUGAUACAACUGGUCACCUGAACGGGGUUGGCAACUCUCUCACAGGAAAAGGUGUGCUCUGUGGGAUGAUCGCCAUCGCAGAUGCUGUUAAACCAGAGGCUGCCCUGGCUAUAUACACAUUGAAAAGCAUGGGUGUGGAUGUGGCUCUGAUCACAGGAGACAACCGAAAGACAGCCAGAGCCAUUGCCACUCAGGUCGGCAUCAACAAAGUCUUUGCUGAGGUACUGCCUUCUCACAAGGUAGCCAAGGUCCAGGAACUCCAGAACGAAGGAAAGAAAGUAGCCAUGGUGGGCGAUGGAGUGAACGACUCCCCAGCCUUGGCCCAGGCUGAUGUGGGAAUUGCUAUUGGGACUGGCACAGAUGUUGCCAUUGAAGCAGCAGACGUAGUUCUUAUCAGAAAUGACUUACUGGAUGUGGUGGCCAGCAUUCAUCUCUCCAAGAGGACUGUCAGGAGGAUCCGCGUCAAUCUGGUGCUGGCAUUGAUUUAUAACAUGGUUGGAAUACCUAUUGCCGCAGGUGUCUUCAUGCCCAUUGGCAUCGUGCUGCAGCCAUGGAUGGGCUCAGCGGCCAUGGCAGCUUCCUCUGUGUCUGUGGUGCUCUCCUCUCUUCAGCUCAAGUGCUAUCGAAAGCCUGACCUGGAGAGAUAUGAGGCACAGGCCCAUGGCCGCAUGAAGCCCCUGAGUGCAUCCCAGGUUAGUGUGCACGUUGGUAUGGAUGAUCGUCGGUGGGAUUCUCCUAGGGCCACGUCGUGGGACCAGGUCAGCUUUGUGAGCCAAGUGUCUCUGUCCUCCCUGACAUCAGACAGACUGUCUCGGCAUGGUGGCACAGCAGAUGACAAUGGGGACAAAUGGUCUCUGCUUCUGAGUGACAGGGAUGAAGAGCAGUGCAUCUGAGAGCUCCAGUGGCAGCCUUAGGCAGGCCAAGGUGCUCUUUCUAGGUGAGCCUGCAUCCACUCAAUAUGGUUAAGCCAGCAGAUGCAGCUCCAACAAGAGGAUUGUGGAGAGUGAAACUUAUCACGAGCCCUGAACGUCCUGCUAGCCUUCCUGCAGUACGUGGGAACUUACCUGGUAUGUCUGCAGAGACUGGGUAGGACUGCUCUCUCAGAAGCCUGCUAAGAUGGGUAAGGUGCACUGUUCUCCCUGUUUUCCACGUGAGCAAGCUCAAACCCUGUUUGGAUUAUAGUACUGGAGAGGAAGCCAGCGCUCUUCAUAGAGCUCUGCCUACUAUAUUUUCAUGACUGUGUGAAACGAGGAACCAUCAAAAGCCUAGCCAAGCCAAGCCCCCUGGAGACAUACCAUCCAGUGCUUUUCCACACAGAGAGCUCCAUCCAGAUCUUCCCCAUACCAAGAGCUCCUAGAAAGCUUGGAGUUACGUGGCACACAUGGACGAUGUGAGCCUAUAGGUACCUCAGAUGUGCCUGUUGUUUUCUGCCUUGUGUAGCUGGCAUCCUUGAUGUGCUUGCCCUCUAUCUUCUGAGGACAGAUUUCCUGUAGUGGGCCAUACUCUCUGGUUCUUGCAUUUGCUGCCCAAAGGUGGCUCCCUGAUUUGCACCCCAACCCAAAAGCUUCCUGGUGUCCCUCUUUACAGAGACAGAGAGUUCUGUUUCUGCUUGGAGCCACUUUUGCAGAUUUGCACCUGCUGCUCCCAAACAGCUGGAGGGAAGCCAGAGUACAUUUUCCUGUGGGUUCCUUGCCACCCAGCAUACCCUAUAUGGCCCUGCCUCGACCUGUGGUGCUUAAAGCAGUGCCCCUUGGGGUAUGCAUGUAUAAGGGAACCUUCCUGCCACCUAGUGGGGUCCAGUGGAGUUUGUCACAAAUGCCUAGGGUGUGUGCCAUCAGAAGAUAGUGAAGUUCUCUUGAGAGCUGUCUGCUGCUGAGGGGAUAUCUAAUAGAGGGAUAUCCACAGCUUCCCAGUAAAAAGUGUGUUUGUCAUCAGUGACUAUUGGUGAGCAGGUGGCAUCAGAGGGCAGGAAUGGUUCCAGCUUAACUGAUGGCUGAACUACCUGGAACAGACUGGCAGAAUCAGAUUACUCUCACUUGUGACACACAAAAAAAUAUUUCCUUUAUUGAAUGUCACUUAUUGCCAGGGGCAGUUAGUACUUUUUGUAGAUUAACAACCACCCCCCUCCUUCGCAAAUAACAAAGUAGUAGAGUUUAAAAACUAAGAAACAGAUUCAAAGGGGCUUAGUGUCUUCCCAAGAACUUACAGCCAGUGUGCAGUUAGUUGGGCCUGAAGGCUUUUCUGCUGCCAUCUUAACUAUCAAUUUGCUUGGUCAGAGUAAACUAGACAAAGGUCCUCAUCUCUGGAGGAGCAGAUGUGCCAGGAGGUAUAUUAGUUGUAUCAACUUAGAAUGCAGUGGGGUUACUAACCUUCACUCUGGAUGGUUAGUGUCCGUUUUGCACAUUCGUAGUUUCUGCUGUGUUUAUCUUCUAAAAUCCCAAGUACAGGGAUUUUUUGUGUUCUUUGUUUCCAGCCCCUCCACCCCCUUCUCCAGGAUCCUCUUCCCACUGUGUCCACCCAUUCUGUCUAUAGCUUCAUUUUGGAAUUUUUCUUACUUUGGAAUAAGGUAAUCAUUUUCUAAAGACUCUAAUUGUAUUGAUUUUUUUAAAACCUAAGAACAGAGGCAUCAUGCUCACAUGUAGACAUGAAAGUAUUUAUGUAAUUGUACAAAUAAAUGAAUAAAUAAAUAACUUUUUAGAUGUUCGAA